AAUAUAAACACUCCCCCCUGCCUGGCGCAGUUCAGAUCUGGCCAGGCAGACAACGCCAGACAGUGCGCCCUGUGGACACUGCGCAAAUGGGGCUCUCCAUGGACCGCAGCCCAUACGCCCGCACGGGGGACCAGCAGCGCGGCUGCUGGUACUACCUGCGCUAUUUCUUCCUCUUCGUGUCGCUCAUUCAGUUCCUCAUCAUCCUGGGCCUGGUCCUCUUCAUGAUCUAUGGCAAUGUGCACGCCACCACUGAGUCCAGCCUGCGCGCCACGGAGAUCCGCGCCGACAGCCUGUACAGCCAGGUGGUUGGACUAUCUGCCUCACAGGCUAACCUGAGCAAACAGCUGAACAUCAGCUUGCUUGUCAAGGAAACAGUCAUGCAGCAACUGUUGACUACGCGACGUGAGAUGGAGCGCAUCAACGCCAGCUUCCGCCAGUGCCAAGGCGACCUGAUCACCUACAUAAACUAUAAUCGCUUCAUCGCCGCUAUCAUCCUGAGCGAGAAGCAGUGCCAGGAACAGCUGAAGGAGGUCAACAAGACCUGCGAAGCUUUACUCUUCAAGCUGGGAGAAAAAGUUAAGACACUGGAGAUGGAGGUGGCCAAGGAGAAGGCAGUGUGCUCCAAGGACAAGGAGAGCCUGCUGGCAGGAAAGCGGCAGGCGGAAGAGCAGCUGGAGGCCUGUGGCAAAGCACGCGAAAGGCAACAGCAGGAGCAGCAGGUGACCGAGGAGAACCUGCGCAAGGUGCAGUCCCUGUGCAUCCCACUGGACCAGGAGAAGUUCCAGGCGGACGUGCUGAGUGCGUGGCGGGACUCGCUGAUCUACCGUACCUUGGAAACCCUGCCCUACCACUACCAGCUGAUGCCGGAGUACGCGUCCCUCCGUCGGACCUGCGAGAGCCUGCCCGGGAUCAUGACCACCAAGAUAGAAGAGCUGGCCCGCGGGCUGCGCGCCGGCAUUGAGCGCGUGACCCGUGAGAAUGCAGAACUGCGGCGCCAGAAGUUGGAGCUAGAGCGCGCGGCACAGGCGGCGCAGGAGGCGCGGGCGCGCGCCGGGACCGAGGCGCAGGCGCGAGAAACCCAGCUACGGGCGGAGUGCGCGCGCCAGACGCAGCUGGCUCUGGAGGAGAAGGCGGCGCUGCGCGCGCAGCGGGACAACCUAGAGCGCGAACUGGAGGCGCGUAAGCGGGAGCUGGAGCAACUGCGCACCGAGGUGGAUGUGCGCAUUAGCGCGCUGGACACCUGCGUCAAGGCCAAGGUGGGCCUUCCCCGCCGGUGGGGACCAGUGCCCCGGGUUCAGCCUGGGGUCCUGGGAAGGUCAGCCUGGUGUCGCUGCCAGCCGUCCCGCCGAGAGUCUCAGGCCCACCCCCGAACCCUCCACCCAUUGAUCCAGCUAGCCUGGAGGAAUUCAAGAAAAGGAUCCUGGAGUCUCAGCGGCUCCCUGUAGUCAACCCUGCUGCCCAACCCAGCGGUUGAGGACCCAGCUGCCGCAGGACGCUGGGUGCCAGAAUCGCCCACCUGUGGAUGGGGGCAGCCAGGUGCCCACAGUGCUGGACACCCGCCGUGCCUGCCGGCAGCCUCCACCCCCACGCCUUCUCUGGCACCCCUUCACUGUCCCCUGCAUCCCCGCCAUUCCCCAGACACUGGAUUUAAGGCACACACAGCUGUGAGAUGACUUCACAUCGACCCCUUGUGCAGUGACCCGGAUGGUGCCCCACCCACACAUGAAGCACCCACAGCUCAGCUGCCACCCUAGGCAACUCCUCCGGUUUCCUAUCACUCUGCUCCUGACCCGGGAGGUGAGAACAGGAAGCCCAGCCUUCAGCUCCCUUGGGAGUUUCCAGCCUCCCUCUUAAAGGCCACUAGGGUUUCCAGAUCCUAUUUGAGAGUCUCCAGGCCUCCCCUGAAGGGUUCUAGCCACCACGCCCACAGGAUUCCCAUUAGGUUUUAAAGUCUUUUCCAGAGUCCGCUGGUUCCCCUCCUCCUCACAAGGAAGGGCCUCAAUUGUAGAUGAGCGUUCCGGGUGGAUCUUAGAGCCCUAGAGGGAGGCUUUUGCUUGUAGCCCCCUAAAGAUAUUACUGGCACAUAAUAAAUAUGAAAGUCCUUUGAAGACUG